AGCUUUACAAUCUCAAUCCAGUCAAAUCGCCAGAAACCGCUCCAGAAACCCCGUCCACUCAGCAUUCACUACUAUAUCUUCGUCUCGAAACAAUGCCGCAGGCUAUCGCUGAGCUGUAAAUCCCCCGCUGGGGGCCAUGCCUCGUGCGUGUGCCCUCCAGUCCGGCCAGCUUAUCGAGAAUUUCAAGACUCUACGAAGAUAUAUCUAGUUUCGACUCCGACCUCAAUUGGCCCGAAGUCGACCCCAAAGCUUGAUAUUACGCGUUUGAUCUCGCUACUCGCGCUUCCCGAGCUGCAAAGAUCAACGAUACAUAAACGAACGCCCGCAUUGUUUCGCCGUUUGACAGAGCAUCUCAAACGAUUGACGAUCUCGGCUCGACUUGUCCCACGAGAGCGUUGUCGAGUCUUGCAAAACCAAAAAACAAAAUCACCUUUCGUCUGCCGACGAAGUACGCUGUUUCACACGACCAGCUCAGCAGAUAACAUCCCAAACAUCUCUCCCGGACUAUCUCCAACAAUCGCAAAUAAAGACACCUGACUCCGACCUCUAAACACACCCCGACCUCCUUGUAUUGCACCUUAAACUCACUUUGGCCAAUCGAAUAGCCAAUCAGCCCGAGAAUCUUUAGAAGAAGUAAUCGCGAUCCAUGACAAGGCUCGAUCGCAUCACGUCUCCUGCGGAGAGCGUCGGCACUCAUGCCGUGAGCAACGAGGAUGUCGGACAUGGCGCAGCAUUUGCCGGCCGCAAUGACGGUUUUAUCCGUCACUCCAAGCUCAGAAUUGUCAAGAGCGAACGCAUCGCCAAGCCGAGGAAGUCCAACAAUGGCGAGACUUCCGGCUCGGAUGGCUCAGCUGAGGAUGAGGCUGACGGCGAUGACGACGAAGCGGAUCAAAAUGCAAACGACGACGAAGCAACGGAAGAUGAUGACGCAGCUGUGUUUGCCCCGUCUGGUACGGCUUCUUUGACUCGCCAGGACAGCAAUGUCUCUGGCAUGACAGACGCUUCAUGUGACACGAUCACCAGCGGCCAGGCGGGGCUUACUCAACUUGGCGGUGGACUCAAGCGGAAGAGAACAUCAAGCGAGCUCAGUGUCAACACGGUGUUGAGCACAAUUGAGCGGGAUGAUGACGAGGUAGAGUAUCCGCGUAAGCGAGUAAGCCGCCGGCUCAGCAACGAGAACGGACUAUUGAAGUACGACUCUCGCAUAAUUGACAUCGACGAGGACAUCGAUCUUGCAGAAUAUUCAAAGGCCAUUCAGAGCUCCAGUGAUGACGAGGAUGCAAACUACGACGGCAUCAGCCAAGUCGAUGAGGAGGAUGAGUCCGACGUCGAGAAGCUGGAGGAGGCUGUGAUUAUCCAAGAAGAAACCGCUCGCAUGAUCAAUGCCACUGCCGACAGCUCCGUCAACGGUGCUGACAGUGACAUCGAACUACCCAGCGACAUCGACCUGGGCUUGUUCCACUCGGAGAUGGAUGACGUCUUUGAUGCUGGAGAGUCGUUCUUCUACCGUGGCUUGAACAGCGAUCCUGAAACUCCCAGGAGGAAAAGGUCUGACGCUUCGGCCAGACGCGUGCGUUUUCAGGAUGAGAUUGACAUUGCACCUCACAGCUCUCAGAGCACGACGUCUUCCGAGACCGACAUUGAUAUCUUCCCAGACUUGCUAGAAAAUCCUUUCAAGCCGCGAGAUGAACUUCCGGCUGAGGUUAGAAGCCAUAUUGAGGAGGAAGACGAUGCCGACGUUGCCAAUGGCUUCUCCAGUGACGGGGAAGGCUCCUGCUGGGACUUCGGCGAAGACAAGGCCAGCGAGAAUUUUUUCUCUUGGCACGACGAGGCCGAAAGCGACUCAGAAGAUGACGACUCUGACUCUGAUCUGAGUGGCUAUGAUUCCGAUGGUGAUACUACAGACGAUGACCUGCCGCCGCCCAGCACAAUCAGGGCGCCCAAGUCUCUUCUCCACAGUCGCACACCGUCUACCAUUACAAGUGAGAUAACUACGCCAAAACCUUUUCCAAGGAACAGACGUGCUCGCAGAGGGCCCAUAAUGGGUUCCUUUAUCGUCGAUGAGAAAAAAGCCAUGGCUUUUAUCGAUCCAAACACCAAGCAACUGAGAAUUCAGCCUGCCCGCAUCCCUCACGUUGAUCCAUUCUACAGCACGGCCAGCAGCGUCAACAACUCACCGCAAGUUAACUUCAGCAGCAUGGCAUAUGACAGUGACAACAGUGACUUCCCGCGACUCCUUACCGGUCCAUCUGAUGUCAUGAUGAGCGGUGUCUUCGGUGGCUUGCCAGGACAACGAUACGAAGACGGCCGCUUUGUUAUGGAGGCCAACGGCCCGCUUCUCAUUGGGCCCCCAGAAGCUUUCUAUCCGUUUACUUCUAUCCGCAAUGACGGUACACCGGAAGAUGAUGACGACGAUUAUAUGACUGAAGAGGAGUUCGACGACGACGUCGAUCUCAUCACCGCAUUUCUUGACGUGGAAGGCGACGAGGACGAACCAGAGUUUGCUGAAGACGAUAUAACGUCGCCAACGACCGACGCUGCUGAUGAGACCCCUCUUGCUCGUCGGUCUAUUCUCGCCCAUCUCGACGGCGGCAUUGUUAGCUCCUUCCGUAAUCAUCAAGACCGCCACCGUCACGCCUCAAAGUUGCCUCACGAUCGUAACUUGGAUUCGACCCCUAUUCGUGACGGCAGGACUGCCGAUGAAGUCAUGACUCCGCUUCGUAAGCGCAAGGGCAGCGGUGGUAUCCAUAAGAGCAAACCACCCAGACGUAUGCCUCUUAUCGGAGGCUUUUCUUGAAGGUCACGACGUGAUUCUUAGGAGCCGUCCUUUGGUUGAGUCAAAGGACGAAGCGACAAAUGAUAAUGACUAAUGACAAAAGUGAAAGCAGCCUAGAUGCCAGAGCCUGAUUGGGCUCACCAAAAGUAUUGCUUUAACCAGCGAUGAAAGACUUUUAUUCCGUUCUCGUCGGUGUAUGAGUACGAAUACACAAAAGCUUGUUCUCUCUACGAGGCUGGAGAACUCGUGGAAUAGUGAAGAGCACUGAAUGGGAUAGACAGGUAGCCUGAGGGAGGUUCCGGGGCAGCGAGUGGGAAAAGGAUACACAUGAGCACAUCAGCUCUAGUCUAUGCAGCGUCUCGGAACGUUCCAAACAGCCCCCUAAUGGCUUGAAAAAGUGAAUUUUGCGCGACCUUUGCGAAUGACGAGCAACAUCUUCUCAUGAGGCGUUUUGUUACGGCACGUCUCGAGGGCAUCGGCAAUUGGUUUUUUUUUUUCUCCUUUCUUUGGUACUGUUUUUCCGUGCAAGGAGUUUCACUAUGCGCUGUUGUAUUGAGUAGUUUUCUGCAUCUUUUGGAAGGGCCAUGAUCAACAUGGACUCUUCGUCGCAAAUCACAUAUUUCAUACUAUUGUGCAACGAAAUGACAGUAUAAGAGUCCAAC